UCGGAGAACAUCAGACGAGGAAGAAAAUACAGAACAGACAACGUGAGAGCCAUGCCGAAAUCCAAGAGAGACAAGAAAGUGUCUUUAACCAAAACAACCAAGAAAGGGUUGGAAUCCAAACAAAACCUGAUUGAAGAGCUGCGGAAAUGUGUAGACAUCUACAGAUACGUGUUUGUGUUCUCAGUAAACAACAUGAGAAACAACAAACUAAAAGACAUCAGGACGGCCUGGAAACACAGCAGGUUUUUCUUAGGUAAGAACAAGGUCAUGAUGAUCGCGUUAGGAAAAGGACCAACAGAUGAAUACAAAGAUAAUCUGCACAAGGUUAGCAGGUUUCUUAAAGGAGAAGUCGGCGUGCUAUUCACAAACAAAACCAAAGAUGAGGUGCAAGAGUAUUUCAGUAACUUUAAAGAGAUGGAUUACGCACGUUCCGGUAACAUAGCAACCAUGGCAGUGACGCUGGAUGAGGGACCACUGGAACAGUUUCCACAUUCAAUGGAACCUCAACUGAGACAGCUCGGCCUUCCAACGGCUUUAAAGAAAGGUGUGGUCACGCUAAUAAAGGAUUUUGAAGUGUGUAAAGAGGGAGACACACUCACUCCUGAACAGGCUCGAAUUCUGAAACUCUUCGGAAUCGAGAUGGCGGAAUUCAAACUGUCGAUUAAGUGCAUGUGGAACUCCGAGUCCGGCGACUUCGAAAAGCUGAUGGAGGGUGACGAUGAGGAAGAAACCAGGAAAGAGGAAGAAGACUUGGAGGAAGAUGAUGGAGAAGGAAGUGAAUAAAACCUGGAAACAGGAAAUAGACUUUCAAUGAACGUUUGAAAAAGUGUUUUCUCAGUGAUUUGCGAGUUCUUUUAACCAUUGACUGUCAAAGUCACCUGAACCUUCUGCGUUCAGUUGUGUGUGUGUCUGUUUUUAGUUUGUAAACACCACUGAAAAUUUUCUACUAGUUAUUGUAUAGUAUAAUCACAAGGUGUAAGACAAGCUAUGUCUGCUGUACUGAGGCAAACAGGUGCUUUUGUUGUUCUUACUGGAGGAGGAAGUAAUGUCAUCUGUGUAAAAUGGAGAUAAAACAGAUCCAUCAA